AUGAUAGGAGAACGACAAUCAAAUCUUGAUAAAGGAAAGGCUGUAGCAAAAACUAAGAAGAAACGAAAGGCAAAAUAUAUCCUUAAGAUUCCUUCAUCUAUUGCAGACCGUCAUGUUCAUUCCACACCCUCAGAUGCUGCAGACCGACAUGUUUUUUCGACACCCUCACAUGAUGCAGACCGUCAUGUUCUUUCCACACCACACCCUCCUAUUAAUCCCUUACAAACACCUGCUAUUUUAACCACACCAGACCCUGUGGUACAGCCAACACAAGAUCCUACUAGUCUUCCUCCACCUGCAUUUCUUGGAACACAGAUAGAUUCUUCUUCUAUGCCCUCCUCAUCGUCCAUACCACCGUCUGAUGGUUGUCCCACACCAUCUGUUGAUCACGAUUCGGCUGGUGAAGAUGGUGAUGACCCUGCUCCUGCUGAUCGACCGAUGAUUGAACCUUAUGGGAAAGGGUUUGUGCCAUCUAGAGUUGCUUCUCAGGCCAUAACAAGGUCUAUUAAGCAACAAUUUCUACAGCCCUGGCCAACAUGGGGAGUAAUACUCCCUGAUGACAGAAAACCAUUUUGGGAGCGAUUUAAGAUGAAGGUUCAAUGGUUACCUCAACAUGAAGUUCAAAUUCAUCGGAAUUUCCAUUCGAAGGCAUCUCAUAGGCUUUCUGAGAUGUUUCGAGAAGCAAGGAUAGCAGGAGAACGCCCGUACUGGAUUGGGGAGCAAAUCUGGACCUCUUUACUGGAGCAUUAG